UGUGGGAUAUGCAGACAUAGACUCAUGGAAUCAACGAGGUGGGAAAAGACCUUUGAGCUCCCGAGGUUCUUCCCAUGGUUGCUCCGAUGUCCCUAUUCCACGACCUUCGCGCUGGGGAAGCCUCGCUCUGCGCAUCCCACGCGUGUUCGGGGGGACCCCGCCUCCGGGGCGGCAUUCCAGGGGUUUUCCUUCCUUUCCAUCCCCAAUUCCCGCAGAAUUCCUGCUCUUUUGGGGCUUCGGAGGCUCUUUGGAGGACUAUCGACCACCGAGCUGCUCCGGGAGGACUGAGCGGCGCCUUCUCACCAUGGAGAACCCUCCCCUCCCGCCGCAGCACAGGGGGGCACUUCCGCUUCCGGCAGCGCGGGAGGAGCCGGUUGCCGGCGCCCGGGGCUCGUCCCCCCCCCCCCAUUAGUUCAUUAAUGACAUUAAUUAAUCGCUAUUAAUGGACUAAUCGCGGCCGCUCGGGGGCUCUUGGGCAGGAGGAGCCGCGCCGGGGGACGAGGCCCGAGGAGGAGAAGCGGCGACAACGGAGCCGGAGCCUGAGGAAAGGUUCUCUUUGCUUCCCGGCUGGAACGAUGCAGGAGAACUACGACUCCCUCCUCCUGCUGGAAUUCCCCAUUCCCAAACCCACCGUCAUCUCCCGCCUGGAGCUGGAGGAGGAGCUGGGGGUGCCCGAUCCCAACGAUUCCAAGGAAUGGGAAAUCCUCAGGGUGGCCCCUGCAGAUGACGGCACAUGGAGCGGGAAUGACGAGGACCCCCCGGCUCCGCCACAUCCCGACAUCCCCUUAUCCCAUGGGAUCAAGGCCGCUGCUUCCCACCCCCCUCCCUCCCUCAGCCCUUCCUGGCUCCCUCCGGAAGCUCCUUCCCAAAUCCCAGCUCCCAAAUCCCGACGUUCAUUCCCAGCUCCCCCCCGAGCGCUCCCAAGGGAGAAACCCUUCAAAUGUGGGGAUUGUGGGAAGAGCUUCACCCGCAAUUCCAACCGGAAUGCCCAUCAGCGCACCCACGGCCCUUCCCAAACCUAUCCCAAAUGCGGGAAUUCCGCCCCCCGCCGCCUCCUUUCCAAACCCCAUUCCUGCUCCACGUGUGGGAUGAGCUUCCCGUGGAGUUCCGAUCCCAUUCGCCACAAUGGACCUUUGGAAUGUCCGGGAUGUGGGAAGAGUUUCCAUGGGAAUUCCAAGCUCCAGCGUCGGAAAGCUUUGGGAAUGAGGCCCUAUCGCUGCUCCGACUGCGGGAGGAGCUUCAGCUACAGCUCAGCAUUCCUGAAACACCAACGGAAUCACGGUCAGGAUCGGGCCCAGCAGCAUUCCCAGGGUGGGAAUUGCUUCCCGGGAAGCUCCGGGCUCAGGCGGCACCAGCGGAGCCAUCUGGGAUAAGGGCUCAUCCCUUGGGAAUCAGCUGGAGCUCGUGGAAUGCAGGGAUGUGGGGCUGGAGGUGGGUCCGGAUGGAUCCCAGAGGUGCCAGGUGGGAUUCCAGGGGGCUGGAAUCAUGUUGGGAAUGGACCCAAGGGGCUGUUUUGCUGCUUCCAUGGGGAAUUCGAUGUCUGGGGUGAGGGAUGAUCCAAUGGGAAUGAGUUGGAGCUCAUGGACAUGGAGCUGGAGGUGGCUGCAGAUGGGAUCUAAGAGGUUCCGGAUGGAUCCAAGGGGUUCCAUGGGGCUGGAAUCACGUUGGGAAUGGACCCAAGGGGACAUAUCACUGCUUCCAUAUGGAAUUCGAUGUCUGGGAUGAGGGAUGAUCCAAUGGGAAUGAGCUGGAGCUCAUGGACAUGGAGCUGGAGGUGGCUCCUGAUGGAUCCAAGAGGUUCCAGAUGGGAUCUAAGGGGUUCCAUGGGGCUGGAAUCACGUUGGGAAUGGACCCAAGGGGCUGUUUUGCUGCUUCCAUGUGGAAUUCGAUGUCUGGGAUGAGGGAUGAUCCAUUGGGAAUGAGCUGGAGCUCAUGGACAUGGAACUGGAAGUGGCUCCUAAUGGAUCCAAGAGGUUCCAGAUGGGAUCUAAGAGGUUCCAGAUGGAUCCAAGGGGUUCCAUGGGGCUGGAAUCACGUUGGGAAUGGACCCAAGGGGACAUAUCACUGCUUCCAUGGGGAAUUCGAUGUCUGGGAUAAGGCACAAUCCAUUGGGAAUGAGCUGGAGCUCAUGGACAUGGAGCUGGAGGUGGCUCCUGAUGGAUCCAAGACGUUCCAGAUGGGAUCUAAGAGGUUCCAUGGGGCUGGAAUCACGUUGGGAAUGGACCCAAGGGGCUGUUUUGCUGCUUCCAUGUGGAAUUCGAUGUCUGGGAUGAGGGAUGAUCCAUUGGGAAUGAGCUGGAGCUCAUGGACAUGGAACUGGAAGUGGCUCCUAAUGGAUCCAAGAGGUUCCAGAUGGGAUCUAAGAGGUUCCAGAUGGAUCCAAGGGGUUCCAUGGGGCUGGAAUCACGUUGGGAAUGGACCCAAGGGGCUGUUUUGCUGCUUCCAUGGGGAAUUCGAUGUCUGGGAUAAGGCAUAAUCCAUUGGGAAUGAGCUGGAGCUCAUGGACAUGGAGCUGGAGGUGGUUCAUGGGGGGAUCCAAGAGGUUCCGGAUGGAUCCAAGGGGUUCCAUGGGGCUGGAAUCACGUUGGGAAUGGACCCAAGGGGACAUAUCACUGCUUCCAUAUGGAAUUCGAUGUCUGGGAUAAGGCAUAAUCCAUUGGGAAUGAGCUGGAGCUCAUGGACAUGGAGCUGGAAGUGGCUUCAGAUGGGAUCUAAGAGGUUCCGGAUGGAUCCAAGGGGUUCCAUGGGGCUGGAAUCACGUUGGGAAUGGACCCAAGGGGCUGUUUUGCUGCUUCCAUGUGGAAGAGAAUCCCAUGGGAAUCCCAUAAGUGUGUCCUCAAUGCAAGAAGCAGCUUUGGGAUCCCCCAAAUCCCUGUGGGAUCCAUGUCAUAUCCAUGGAUGUUGUGCCGUGGGGUGGCUGGGGCCUGGUUUUCCCUAUGGAAUGGGGUUGGGAGUGGGAAAAGAGCUUGGAAAAGGGGGAAAAGAGCCGGGAAAAGUGGAAUUCCACCCCCUGUACGAGCACCAGGAGCCGGGAACGUCCCUAUGGAGCCUCCCCCAUUCCAGAGUAAAGAGUUUUCCAGCCUGGA